AUGGAACUAAGAAACCCAAUGUCGUGUUUCACGGAAGAGCAAAAGAAGCGAUUUUUAAAUGCAUUUAAGCAGUUUGACAAAGACAAAGAUAAUUUCAUCACUUUCCAGGAGAUGGCUGGUGCGAUUCGUUCGAUAGGACUGAAUUUGGAUGAGAACGAGGCUGCGGAGAUGUCUAAAGCACACAAUGUAGACAAAAUCGACCAAUCCUUAUUUCUCCAAAUAGCAGCACAGAAGCUCCAAGACCCGGACACGGAAGCUGAGAUUCAAAAGGCUUUCGAGACGUUUUUUGGUGUUGGGAAGACAACUGUUCCAGUUGAUGAGUUCAAAAAGAUGAUGAUGGAUUUUGGUGAGAAAAUAUCUGCGGACGAGGCGGACGAGUUAAUCAAAGACAUCAACCCUAAGGAUGGCAUGAUUGAUAUAAGCGCGUUUGUCAAAGGUGUGUUUGCCCAGAACUAA